AUUAAAAUAAAUAGCUACGGCAUUAAAGGAUACAAUGAUUUUUAAACAUCUUUCAAUAAGUCGUUAAUUGUAAUUAAAUUUUAAUAUUAUAUAAAAAAAGAUUACCUUUUAAACUAGUUAAUUUUAUAAUAAAAAAAAAAGAAACAAUACAUUAUGAUAAGUUAUCAGUUAAAACUUUCAACAGAUAUGGUCACAAAGUAUACGCUCAUGAUAACAUUCGGAUGCUUGGUGUUGGCGUUCUUUCGAAUGGUAAAUAUGGUGAACAACAUUGGAUCCACUUACGCAAUUGGAGCAAUAUUAACGGGCAGAACAAGUCAUAUUCAUAAGGCAAUGUUCAUAAUGGGAUUCGGAUCCAUUAUGGAUAUGAUUCAUCUCAUUACUUAUAGCUCUAAAUCGAGUUGGUUUUUUAUGAAAGUUGUUCAAUUUAUUAUACGUGUUCUGUGUAUUGUUUUUGAGAUUGUCACUAUAUUGUCGUUACAUUGCUACUGGGAAUAUGAUGAAGAAAUGAAAAAACAACCGCAAAAAACAUGGUUUCAACAUAAAUUAGGCCAAAUGAAGAAUAUUUUCCAAUAAUUAAAAAUAAAAUAAAAUACGCCAUAUUAAAGUUAACCAACAUUAUAAUUAAAUGUAAUGUAUAGUUGAAUGCCGUGAUCAGUAAAUAGUAACACUUUUACUCAGUUUCAUAAGUAAUAAACCAAUAUUUU